UUACUUAUCUAACCCCAUAGUACAUCAUCGACGAUGCUACGCUAUGUACACGUACAUUCGAGAUAAGCAGAAAUUACCAGCUAAGAUAUACCAGGAAACGAAGCCGAUAUCCCUUCCAGUUACGCAGUGUAUAUCUGGGGAUUUGUAAGUAUUAAAGUAGUACGAAUGUACUCACCGAAGGAUCGACUCAGAGAUAAGAAACUUGAUGUUAUCAGCGCCCUGACCGGGGAAGUCGCGUGAGGACCUGCCAAAGUAGAAGUAGAUACCUGUACAUAUGUAUUGUCGCUUCCUUCUCACCCGUGUCGCUGAUUUCGAUUUCUAACAACUUUCACAAUCGAUCGCCAAAUCAACGACGAUGGGAAGGGAAUCCGUUACGAGCGUCACCCGGCGCAAGUCGGGUGAAGUGACAGCGGCUGACGAUGCGCUCGCCAAGAUGGGUUACAAAGCUGAGCUGCCGCGAAGCUUGAGUAUGCUUUCAGUACUUGGUUUAUCCUUUGCAAUUAUGGCCGUUCCUUAUGGUCUCAGCACGACAUUUUAUAUCUCGCUCUCUAAUGGUCAAUCGGUCACCAUCAUUUGGGGUUGGGUUCUACUUUCUCUCCUGUCGACUGCUAUCGCCGCUUCGCUAGCCGAAAUCUGUUCUGUCUAUCCUACAGCUGGUGGUGUAUAUUAUUGGGCUGCCUUAUUAUCGACACCUCGCUGGGCUCCUAUCGCUAGUUGGAUCACUGGCUGGCUGACUCUAGUUGGAAACUGGACGGUUACGCUGUCUAUCAACUUUGGUGGCGCUCAAUUGAUUCUCAGCGCCAUUUCGCUGUGGAACGAAGACUUCGUAGCCAAUGCGUGGCAAACCAUCCUCAUGUUCUGGGCCGUUAUGCUCCUCUGUUAUUUGAUUAACAUUUUUGGUUCAAAAUACCUGGAUCUCAUCAACACCGUUUGCAUAUAUUGGACUGGUGCAUCGAUUAUCAUUUUCUUGGUUGUUUUGUUGGUAAUGUCGCCGAGUAAACGAAGCGGCGAAUUCGUGUUCGCGCACUACGACGCCUCUGCUUCGGGGUGGCCGCUUGGCUGGUCAUUUUUCGUCGGGUUACUACAGCCCGCGUACGUGCUUACGGGAUACGGCAUGGUUGCAGCCAUGUGCGAGGAGGUACAGACGCCUGAGCGGGAGGUGCCUAAGGCCAUCGUUUUGUCUGUUGUGGCGGCUGGCAUCACUGGCUUGGUCUAUUUAAUCCCCAUCCUUUUUGUACUACCGGACGUACAAACUCUUCUCUCAGUCGCAAAUGGACAGCCAGUUGGUCUCAUAUUCAAGACAGCAACCGGCAGCGCCGGAGGAGGUUUUGGAUUACUAUUCCUGAUUUUGGGUAUCUGGUUAUUCGCUGGUGUUGGUGCCCUAACUGCCUCGAGCCGAUGCACCUACGCAUUCGCACGCGACGGCGCAAUUCCUGGUUCUGGCCUAUGGAGCAAAGUCGACAAACGAUUUGACAUCCCGCUCUGGGCCCUUACUCUAUCGGCAAUUGUAGAUUGUCUGCUAGGUCUAAUCUACUUUGGCUCAUCAGCAGCAUUCAGCAGCUUCACUGGAGUCGCCACGAUCUGUCUUUCGACAUCAUACGGUCUACCGAUUUUAGUCUCAGUUGUUCGAGGUCGAAAACAAUUAGAACAUGCUUCGUAUUCCCUCGGUCGUUUUGGUUUCGUUAUUAACAUUACGACUCUCCUAUGGAUUGUCCUUGCAGUAUUCCUAUUCUGCAUGCCGACCAAUCUUACCGGACUUGAUGCUUCCACCAUGAAUUAUGCGAGUGUGGUGUUUGCUGGUUUCGCAACCAUCAGUCUUGCAUGGUAUUUCAUUUGGGGUCGCAAGCACUUCUCCGGUCCUCCGGUUUUGAAGACGGAUUUGGCCGAUCAUGGUGUAGGCGUUGUUAGAGGUCAAUCUUUAGACGAAGAAUCAGGAAAGGAAGUAAGUACGAAAGAAGCAGCUGAACAGAAGGCUGCAGAAUAAUUGAUAUUUUUGUAUAUUGAAUUUUAGAUGAAUAGAAACAAGAUCUGUCGUUUUCGUG